AUGCUGUGCCUGGGAGCGUCCGCGUACGCUUCUCAAGUCGUCUCGCGGAGCCCUCCCGGCGCAGGUGAGAAAUUCGGACUUUAUGCGUAUGGAGGCUCAGUUGGUGGUCUCUCCCUGUUCUACGGAGACGGCAAGGCUCUGAUUGGCGACCCAGCCAACUCAACUGCUUCGACUACUUCAAGUGUAUCCUUCGAACGUGCAUCUGAGUCCUCGGAUAGCACUUGGAUCGCCAACCCGAACGGAACCACCAAUGCGAACGCCAGCUGGUCCGACCAGAUGCUUUACAUCCCCAGUUCGUCGUCUUCGGGCCAUGAAAUGGGCUUCACGUCUCAGAAUAGGUCGAAUGAGACUACUACGGGUUUCAUCUUCUAUGGAACGUGGAUGAUGGUGGAAUCGGACUCUGGCGAGAUCUCUUCCAGCUUCUAUGUUAGAGAGAACUCGCAGGGCGAAGGCAUUUAUUCCUUGCUGUGGAAUGUGUCUGAUGAUACAACUGCUAUUCCAGUGUCCUUGCGUUCCGUGAAGCCUUCUAAUGCUUGA